UCCACCGCUUUCUGCAGGCUUCGCUCUUUUUCGUGUCCCAGGAUCAAUGGCCAGCUAACACUCGCGGAAAAACUGCACUUUCUGGAGAUUUCGAGGGUUUAAAGUGAGCCGUUCGUGACACCUGUCAGAGAUGCCGGGUCUGAGCUGUCGGUUUUACCAGCACCGCUUCCCCGAGGUGGAGGACGUGGUGAUGGUGAACGUGCGCUCGAUCGCAGAGAUGGGAGCGUAUGUGAGUCUGCUGGAGUACAACAACAUCGAGGGCAUGAUCCUGCUGAGCGAACUGUCCCGCAGACGCAUCCGCUCCAUCAACAAACUCAUCCGCAUCGGACGCAACGAGUGUGUGGUGGUCAUCAGGGUGGACAAGGAGAAGGGUUACAUUGAUCUGUCCAAAAGAAGAGUGUCUCCAGAAGAAGCCAUCAAAUGCGAGGAUAAAUUCACCAAAUCUAAAACCGUGUACAGUAUUUUACGGCACGUGGCUGAAGUGUUGGAGUACACGAAGGACGAGCAGCUGGAGAGUUUGUUCCAGAGAACUGCUUGGGUUUUUGAUGAGAAGUACAAGAAGCCUGGAUACGGGGCCUACGACGUCUUCAAGCAAGCUGUGUCUGAUCCUGCUAUUCUGGAUGGUUUGGAUCUGACUGAGGAAGAGAGAAACGUGCUCAUCGACAACAUCAACAGGCGACUCACACCGCAGGCCGUCAAAAUAAGAGCUGACAUUGAGGUGGCGUGUUAUGGAUAUGAAGGCAUCGAUGCAGUGAAGGAGGCUCUGAGGGCAGGACUCAACUGCUCCACUGAAGCCAUGCCUAUCAAGAUCAAUCUGAUCGCGCCGCCGCGGUACGUCAUGACCACCACAACACUGGAGCGAACAGAAGGCCUGUCGGUGCUCAACCAGGCCAUGGCUGCUAUUAAAGAGCGGAUCGAGGAGAAGCGAGGAGUCUUUAAUGUCCAGAUGGAGCCCAAAGUGGUGACAGACACAGACGAGACAGAACUGCAGCGGCAGCUCGAGCGUCUGGAGCGAGAAAACGCAGAAGUGGACGGAGACGACGAUGCAGAAGAGAUGGAGGCCAAAACUGAGGACUAGACCACAAACUCAAGCAACAACUGCAUUCAGAUGAACUGUUUUUGAUAUGCAUUGACACACACAACAUUCAGAGUCAAAUACUAGAGCAGUCAUUAUUCUUAUUUUAUCUUUGUUUGCAACUGGUGGCCUUUUAACCAUUACAUCAGUGUUCAAUAGUAACUUGUAGGCUGAUGCAGGAAUUCAGAGUGAGCUUGCGGAGGUGUGAUUCUCUCUACAUCAAUCUCAGUAAAAUUCUGGAAAGUU